AUGGACAGCGAGAGGGAAGCCCCGUCCGAAAGGGUCCUCAGCCAGGUGUCAGAAAACGUGCCGAUGGGGAACGCAGACUGCGCGAGCUCCGCAGACUGGAACGCUGCCUUGUUCACGCCCGUAAAGCUGCCCACUAGUGCGGUGACUUGCGCUGAAACUACGCCUGUCAGGGAGAUGGAGGCGUUUGUGGAAAGCCAAGUGCGGGCCCUAGGGCCCAUGCGGGCGAGCUUGGACGGCAACGCCGAGGAGGAAGCACGCAAAAUGACCGAAGAUUUGACAUCAGAAGAUGGGCACGCGGCGGCACACGAACGGCUGGCGAAGUUACUGCAUGCUGAGAAAGAGAACGCAGUUCUGCGGCAGCAUAUUGAGAGCUUAAAGGACAAAGAACUCGAUCUCGCACUGGAGAGCGGCAAAGAGGAGCUUCGCCGGCAGGAGCAAAUGCAGGCCCAACAUCGGACCGCGAUGGCCGCCGCCGCGCGCGAGAUCGAGCACCUGCGAACGGAGUGCAUGAAGCUGGGGGGUGUUCUGGAGAGCCGGCAAGCGGAGGACGUUGCGCGGGAGGAGACGGAACAGGAGCUGCUGGAGCUGCUGGCGAUCGUGCAGGAAAAUGUACAGCUGUCAAAGCAAGUCCAAGCCGAGGUGCAGCGGGCGGGGUUUGACGUUGAAGGGGGCGGGCUGUCCGUAGGGCCGGGAAAAGAUCAGGGCCCCGAGGAUGCAGACGCUGAGUUUGUUUUCACGGAAAGCAGGGACGGACUAGGGCCAACAAACUCUGCGGGAAGCGAUGCUCCUGAGAAAGCAACAGAUCCUUUUGCCAGGACUAAUCGGCUGACAAAACAACGGCCGAGGCCAAAGAGCGCAGGGGCAGUAAGUGAGUCUCACUGGAGCAAAGGGACGGUGGUAUUUACACCGGCACUGGAAAGAGCAGGCUCCGGAGGUCUGGGGGUGGGGGGUAUGCUUACGAGCAGUGCGGAGGGUAUGGUGAGGGAUCCCCCUGGAAAGAAGGGGCAUGGCCGGCUGACUGCGAGGAUCCGGGAGUUGGAGGCGCAGCUGGAGGAGGCACUUGCAGCGCAACAGGUGUCUGCGAAUCUCUCAACCCCCGAGCCCACCGAAGAGAUGCGCGAGCUGCUCUUGGUCGUCUCCCAAGUCGAGCGAAUGGAGCGCCACAUCGAAGCACAAUCUGGAUUCAGCAAGAAGCCAAAAUUCGACUUUCUCUUCCCGACAGGUGUCGGCGUGUCGUCGGCUCCGGAACCCACGGAAGAGAUGCGCGAGCUGCUCUUGGUCGUCUCCCAAGUCGAGCGAAUGGAGCGCCACAUCGACGAUCUCACCAAAGAGAACCACCGGCUGCGGGCGGCAGCAGCGCAGCCGAGCCCGCGCAGCCACCUGGACAUCGGUGUGACUUCCCCCCUGAGCGACGCGGAGCCAGGGGUGAACUCGCCCUCGAGCGACGAGGAACGGGGUGUGAAUGCGCCCAACUUUAGGGAUGGGGGGUUCGGUACCUCCCUAAGCGAUCCGGAGCCCGGUGUGAAAACGCUCUUUCGGCAGGGAGGGAACCGUGUGAAGGCCUCCCACGAGCAGGGUGUGAAUGCGGACUCCAAGGAGGAAGAGGCUCUUCGGGAGUUGAGGGAGAAGGUCGAAACGCUCGAGACCAAGCUAAGUAACUCGGUGCAAGCCCUUGCUGAGAAAGAGGGGGCCCUCUCUCAAAGCGCAGCGGCGCUUGCUGCCUCAGAAGAGGAGAAGGCCCGCCUCCGUAGAAAGCUGGAGGUGCUAGAAAUGGAGCUGGGCGCGACGCAUAGCUUAUUGGAGGAGAGCGAGGCGGGGCGGCAGAGCGUUCUGGAGGGGCGUGACGAGGGGACGGGUGACGUCAUGCUGAUGGCACAACUAGAGGCGGCGAUCCAGGAGGCGGAUGGGCUAAGGGGACAGCUGGCAGAUGCGCUCGGGGAAUUGGCGGGGGCUCAGGAGCGGGAAGAAGUCGCGGCGCAAGAGACGGAGAGAUUGAGGGGUGCGAUGCGGGACCUAGAGGCGCGAGACAGAGAGAGGGCGAAGAAUUCGGUGCGAGAAACGGAGAGGAUGACAGCGGGACUUGAGGGAGAGGUCGAGAAGUGGGCAUUGAGGAUGGAAGAAGAGAAGGAGCGGUUGAAAUCUCAGAUGCGGGAGGAUGUCGAAAAGCGGACGGUGGAAUUGGAGAGAGAGAUGGAGCGGCUAAGAAAGGCGAUUGAACGGGUAGAAGAGGAGGAGGGCUCUAAACAAGAGGCGGAAAAGUGGGCGACUGCAACGGAAGGGUUGAGGGGGGAACUAGAACGGGCAGAAAAGGCAAGGGAGGCUGUUCUAGAAGAGGCAGAAAACCUGAGGGGCGAGUUGGGAAAAGAAAGGCAGGGAGUUGACAUGCAAAGGGAGAGGGCUACGGGGCUCGAAGUUGACCUUGAAAGAGUGACAACUGACCUUCGAGUGCUGGUGGAAGAGAGGGAGAACGAGCGCAGCGAGUGGGAGGAGGGGCUCAGCGCUUGUGUGCGGGCGGCAGAAGCGCAAGCGGAGGUGCUGACGUCAGAGAUGAAGGAGGUGAAACGGGACUUGGAAAAGACGGUCGAGUCUUUGGUGUCGGCGACUGCCCAGCUGGCUUCUGAGCGGAAAGCGGUGGCUGACCAAUCGGAAUCACGUGAAAAGGCGGAAGCAGAAGUGGAGAAGCUGCAAAAGGAACUGGGUUUGGCCGCUAACCGGGAGGUCGGUUUAAUGAACCAGCUGGCGGAGUGUGAAAAGGCCCUUGCGGAGUGUGAAAGAGCGCUCGCGAUCGCAGAGGAAGAGACGGUGCGCUUCCGGGAAGACCUUGCGGGAGCUGCCGACCGAGCGAUCCGGCUGUCCGAGCAGGUGGGCGCAACGGAAUCCGCUCGAGAACGGGCGGAAACGGAACUGAAACGUCUGCGAGUGGACCUGGCAGAGGCGAGAAAAGUUGGGGGGCAGAUGGCUGGAACGAAAGAGGCCCUCUUUUUGGCAGAGGCCGCGCUGAGCGCUGCUGAGGAAAGGGCGAGGGGCGCAGAAGAGGAGGCGAACAGGGCCUCGGCGGAGCUGGAGGCGGUGAGGGAGGAACUAGAGCGGGCGAGGAAAAAAGUUGGCGGGGAGCAGCAGCGGCUGGAGGCUAGGCUGGAGAAGGCGCGAGCCGAGUGGCAGGAGGAGCUUGACCGCCUCCUAACCGCCACGGAGCAGCGCUACUCGGAAGGCCUGGAGUCCGCCCUGGCAGGCGCCAAACUAGAGUGGGAACAAAACACGGAGCUGCUGGUAACGGAGACCCGCCGAGAGUGCGGGUGGGAGACGGAAGGACAGCUGGCAGCCCUUCGUAAGGGCUUUGAGGAAAGCUUGGAAAAUCUGGACAAGGACUUGGAACAGAAGGGGGCAGAAAUUGAGACUCUGAGGCAAGAGUUGAGGAGUGAGAAGGGGAAGUUGGAGCAAGUGUCUGCGCAAAAGGACGAGUUGCGCAGAGGUUUGGAGGCGAGCGUGACGGAGGUUAAUAAGUUGGAAGAGACGCUCGAAGCGGAACGGGCGGAAGUAGCGGAACUGGACGUGGCUCUGGAAGCAGAGCGGGCGAAAGUCGGGAAGUUAGAGGAGGCGCUGGAACUAGAGCGGGUAAAAGCUGGGAAGUUGGAAGAAGUGCUCGAUCUAGAGCGGGCAAAACUAGGGGAGCUUGGAGAGGCGCUGGAACUAGAGCGAGAGAAAGUCGCGGAGCUUGCGAAGCUGGAGGAGGCGCUCGAACUAGAGCGGGCGAAAAGUCGGGAGGAGGUCGAGAGCGUGACGGCGCUGUUAGAGGUGGCGCGAGCGCAGAGCCGAGAUAAGGAGGGGGAGAUUGUGGAGUUCGUGCAGCAACUAGACGCGGCGCAGUCCGAGUGCGCGGCGCUCGCUGGCCGGCUACAAAUUGCGGAGCGCCAACUAGAGGCGGGGAGAGAAACGGUUGUUUCGGACACCGACGAGUUGCAGCGGCAAUUGGACGACGCUCUGAAACUGGGCGAAGAGGCGUUGUCCGGAAUCGAAGAAAAAGAAGAACAGCUGGCGGGGUUAAGAAAACAGCUAGGGGAGGUCAAGGCGCAGUUAAAGGAGGCGGUGGCGGCGUGUGACGCGGCAAAGGAGGAAGCGGACCUUUCGGACGCGCGCGCGGUCCAAAUGGAGCGGGAGAUGUCCGAGUUGCGGACGCAACGGCAGGAAGCGAGGGAAGCGCUGGAGGCGGCGUGUCGGAAAGGGGAGGAAGCGGAGAAGCGGGGAGAUGCGGCACGUGCGGAGUUGCUAAGCGUCCGAAGCGAACUGAACGGCGUCCAAACUGAGCUAGAAAGCGUUCAAAGUGAAUUAGAGAGCGUCCGAAGGGAGUUUGAGGGCGUACGAAUGAGGCUGGAAGGCGUCCGGAAGGAGCUUUCGGACGCAGAGAAACAAUCGGCGGCUGUUCAGGGCGAGCGGGACCAUGUCAAGAAAGAGCUGGAGGGCGUCCGGGCAGGACUUGACACCGUUCGGCGCGAUCUUGAUACUGUCCGAAGCGAGCGGGACAGCGUCCGGAGCGAGCUUGAAAGCGUCCGAAAAGAUUUCGACGCUGCACGGAACGAGCGUGACGUCAUUGAAAAGGAGUGCGAGAAAGUGAGAGACGGGACGCGGGCGCUCGCAACGGCGCUGGAAGAAGCCCGGCAGUCGCUCGCAGGAAAAGAGGAGGAACUGCGGAAUGCUGCCGAAGUGCGCGAACGAGAGGUGGGGGCUUUCGGCGAAGCAGUUGAAGUCGCAAAAUUGCGGUGGGAACGGGAGUCGAAGGAAGUGCAGGCUGCACUGGCGGCAGCCGUUGGCGCGCUGUCUGAGAAAGAGAUGGAGGUGGCUGCUCUUGGUGAGAAGAUGAGAAGUCUGCGAGAGAGGUUCGACAAGGCCGAGGCGGAGAUCGUUCGGCGCAAAGAGGAAGGCGAGCGGCUGGGGGUGAGCCUGGGGGAUUUCGAAGCAAGCUUGGCGGACGCGAAAGAGAAGCUCAGAGCAGCGGACGCGACGAGAGCGGCGCUCGAGAACCAAAUUGCGAAGCUGUGCCACGUGGACGGCGCGAAAGGGCGUCACGUGUCGGCAGCGGAGCUGUCAGCGGUAGAAGAGGAGUUGGCGGCCACACGCCGUGCGUUGGAGGCCCGGAAGGGGAUCGUCGAGGAGAUGACACGUCAGCUCGACACGUGUCAGGAGGAGAGCAGGGUUUGGGAGGAAAAAGUGGCAAGGCUUGAAGAGGAUUUGGCGGAGACACAGGACGAGUUCGAGAAAAGGGUGGGGCUCUGGGCAGUUAUUCUGGUGGCCGGUUGGUGUGCCGUGGUCAAAAGCCGGAACACAACGGAACGGAAAGCGGACACCGGAAGGGCAGAUACCGGAAUUCGGCGAGGCGAGCGCCAAGCAGAUUCGGGAGUCCGGAAGAAGCUGGCGUUUCAUGCGGACGACCCGCAAGCGGAGGGCAGUGUUCUGGCGGUAGAGGGCGACCUUGAGACUGGCUUUGAGGGGGAUGUGGGCGCCCCUAAAACAGGAAGAAAAGCACUCCACGGAACGAAGGGAAGACCCUCGCCGGGGGUCAAACCAGGGGCGGAAACUUCCCCCGAGAAUUCACUCAAUCCUCCCCCGACGGAUGAAGUACUAGUGGGGGUGCCGAUUCCCGGAAACGAGGUGCCAAACGCCGGGGGGGUCGAAACAGCGCGGAGAGCGUCCCCCGGGAACGAGGUGAAGUCUGCCCCGGGGGAUGACGUGGCCGCUGCGCAGAGGAUGCUCUCAGACCUACGUCAGCAGAGUGAAUGGCUGCACGUAGAGCUGGCGGGGCUGGCAGUCGCGGAGAAGAGAGACGACCGGCGACGUCAGGCUGACGUCAGCGGACCGUUUGAAGCAGGGGGGGGCAACGACGAGGGUUCGACGGAGGACGAGUUGCGCGAAAAGUUGCUGGGCCUCCUCUCGCGACUGCACGACAUCCAAGCGUCCCUGCUGAAAUGCCUGGGCCCUGUUUCUGCUGGAGGUAUCGGCCGAAAGACGUCUUCUCCCAAUCUGCUCCACCCCAGUUCGGACUCGCCGGACGUGGAAACCAUCUUCGGACGCGUGCUCAUGGUUCUCAAGGACAACACGCAUUUGUGGGCCAAGAUUCGCGAUCUGCCAAGCAUCCCUUCGACCCUGGAACAAUCUCACGCUGCCAGCCUUCGCGAGCUGGAAUCGUUGGUCGCCGCGCAUGAGACGCUACAACGGGAGCUGCAAAGGCACGCGCGAAGCCCGCAACCUCAAGAAACGGCAACCCGCAAAACCACAACUACGGAAGGGAGCUCUCAGAGAGGGGAAGGGAGUUUCCGGGGGGGGAACAACAAGGGAUCUCGUGAUGGGGGGGUGCAAAGUGAUAUGGAUCUUGUGGGGGGGACUGUAACCGAUGGUGAAAGAGCGGGGGGCGUGCAGAAUGGGGUGCAAAAAGGGGAGUACGCUGACACCGACGAAGAAAGAGCCCUGGAACAGGAUGAGAGAGGGGGAGUAAGACUGGCGGGAAUCGGGGCUGGCUGUGAGGGGCCGAGUCGGUUAGAAAGAGGAGAGGGGAAUGAUGAUGACGUGGACGAUGACGACACGGGGUCGGUCGACCCGUCUGAUCAGCUGGAAGGCGGAAACUCUGAGAUGUUUAGAAAGCUCAGCUUGAGCGAACGGGAGCCGACGCUGGCCGUUGGAUUGGACGGAGGAAUGACCGCCAAAUUUUCGGCGGGGGUCGGGUUAAGUUUGGGGUUGCCCAAACCCCCGGGCGAAGCAGGAGGGUUAGAGCGAGGGUUAUCGGGUACAAGCGGAGGUUUGGAGCAAGAACCCUUCGUCAAGGUUUGGGGGGGCGAGGUUUCCGUUCCAGGGGGGUCCAGGGCUUGGUUCAACCCCGUGUUUGCGGAAGAGGAGGGGGGGGUAGAAGGAAGGCGAGAUAGCGGGGAGGGUGCGGGUUUGGGGCUCGGGACGGCGAUUGCGGAAGUUCUGGGCGACCGUGACAGGCUGCUCAAGCAGAAUGGUCGCCUGGUUAUUGAGUUGGAGACCCUCAAGUCCCGCUUCUCAGUCUCCGAGAGCGAACUAGAGCGGGCGCGCUCCGCGCUCGCCUCGGCCGCCGCUCUAGCGUCCAAACUCGACCUGGCGUACGGACAGCUAGUCCGGGAGCUGGAGACCGUCCGCAAGGAGCGGGAUGACCUGGCGCUGACGUCAGCGCCGACUAGAGUGACGUCAGCGGGGAUGUUCCGGACCGUCCGGACGCCGGAGAGGGCCGUUCCGACGGUGCUCCCGCCGGUUCGGACGCCCGGAACAUCUAGAGCGAGGGAAGAGGCGAGGAAGCGGGGAAUCGAGGGCGGGGGCGGGAGGGAGGACAAGAGGCGGCGGCAGGACGGUAACGAGGGGGGAGAUAAAGUGGACGUUGGGCUCCGAGGGGGGGUGGAUUCUGGGCUUGAAAGCCGGGGGGGGGGAGAGGGUCUGGAGUUGAGUCUGGAGGAGAAACGUGCGGCGCAACUAGGGAUGGCGGCGGGUGUGAGUGAAGCGGAGGAGCGGCGGCACCUGCGGAGCAUUCUGGAACGGGUCCUUGAGGAGAAGCGCCGUCUCGAGGCGUCUCUUUCAGAACAGACCACCGCCCUCGAGCUCGUCACACGGCAAAGACGACACGACGGCAAAAGGGCGAAACGGGCGGAGGCGGAGUGUCGCACGCUGACCGGACGCCUGCACGAGCAGGGCCUGCGGCUGGAGGCCAUUCUGCGCGAGCAUGCUGACGUGUGCCACCGGCUGGGGCGGAAGGAACUAGCGGUGGCGGCACUGCAGCGGCACAUCAAGGUCGUCUCAAAGGAGAACCGUGAGCUUCACGAGUCUCUGCGAGACAGGGAGAACAGGAUUGUAACACUGGAGAGGCAUCCUUGAUAAAAGUAAAGGACGUGUUCAGUUUUAGAGCGUGUACAGCAGCCAGCCAAAUGCUUGUCUUUUUGCUGGGCUGAAAAGAAAAUAUAGAUCAAGGGAUUGGUAAAGAAGAGCGACAAGAGGUUCUUGGCUGGUGUAUCGAUUAUAUCUACUCUCGAGAGGGGAUUCUAAAUUGCCCACUAGACCAGCUAGUUUUCAAACGUAGCCUCCAGAAUGCUCAACUGCACCGGUACGGAUUAUAACCAGCUUCCCGCGAAGUUGAAGUGCCCAAUGUAUCUCACCGACUCCCUUCGAAUCCCGACG